CACUGUUUCAUCGCAAUCCAGCUCUAUCUUCACGAGUUUCGUGUUAUCAUCAGACCUGGUGCAAAUCGCGGUUUUCGAACGUCCUCACCUUGUUCAUGUAAUGGAGGUUUCAUUAAGGGCGCUUCCUCUCGCCCAGGUAUCUGCUGGCUGGCAUAUACUGGACUUCAGAAACCUGACUGGUCCUCCACUGCCAGGAUACCCUCUCAAGAAAGGCAAAGCUUUCCUUCCGCUAUCUUCGAACGAUACCCCUCGAAGUCUGUUUGCUCACACCGCGUUUGAACACCAAAUUUCCUUCCGCCACCCUCUCAACACUCACCGCCUUGUCCGUCGCACCAACGCGCGAGAGAUGUUCAUCUACACCGAUGGUUCCUGUUACGGCCACAAGGAUCGCGACGGUAUCUCGCAGCGUCGCGGCGGCUGCGCAUUUGUCUUCAAACCAGCACCAUACAACCUGGAGGAGAAGAGCUGUAGCUUCCGUCUGGAACGACUGGGUCCAACCGGCAUCGAAUAUCCGCAGACAAGCAAUCGCGCCAAGCUCCGGGCCGUGAUUGCGGCACUACAGUUCCGUGUUUGGCGGGGAGAGUACUUCAAGAGUAUUGUUAUUGGCACCGAUUCGGAAUACGUCGUGCUCGGCAUCACGGAUCGAAUUGAGACUUGGGCGCAGAGUGAGUGGCAGACGUUUGGAGGGAUCACGGUCAACAACAAGGACCUGUGGAAGCUUCUUCUAGUGGAGAUCAACAAGCUUGCGAAGGAUGGAUGCGAAGUCCAUUUCUGGCUGCUACCGAUAGAUCUCAACGAAGAGGCGGAUUGGUUGGCUAAAGAAGCAACAGCUGAGCCUGAUGUUCCGAAGUUUUUGAAGUACUUCGGAGCGUUGGUUUGAACGUCUCGGCACUUUCGCUAUGUUGAAAUUGAAUGAAGCAAGGAUUGAGAGGCGAGAGAACGUGCUCAUGGUCUCCGUCAUUCCAUUACAACGGCGCAAUCGCUGCACUGUAUUCUCGACAGCACAGCUUGAGGUUUGUAUUCUUCAUAAUGAAAUUGACCGCUGUAAACAGGAGCAGCUUCGAUGGCA